UUAGGAGAGGUGCUUGCUCCACUGACUUCAAUUGCCCUCAGGAGAGCCGGUAGGUUCUUCUUCUGUGGGGGAAGGGAAGAGAAGAAAGCACUUGCCUAUUCCUGAAGAAAGGGAGGAAGGAAACAAAUAACAUAUAGAAAGAGAUAUAUAAAUUAAAGGAUGCAUUGGAAGACUUUAAUAUUGCUGCUAUUCUAUUACGAUGCUCAUGCCACUGUGACUCCCAGGUGGAACAGAGCUGUACUUUUCCCAACUGCUCAGCGAGCGAAGAGGUCAUCAUCUGACCUUACUGAUCCAGUAUUGCAGAACUCACUGGAAGAUGUGGACUUGCUUUAUGAGUUUCUUUUAGCUCAGCUUAAAAUUGGCAAAGGUCUGAGAAUCUCCAUCAAAGAUGAGGAGUUAGCUUCACUAAGGAAGGCUGCGGCAUUUGACACUGUCUGCAAUGACAUUAUCCCCAAGAGCCUCACAGAGAUCCGCAGGCUGAGUGCCAAGCUGUCUAACUACCCGACGGUCCUCAAGAAAGAAGAUUUUGAAAGGACAGUGUUGACCAUGGUCUACACGGUUUAUAGGGCAGCCCAAUCCCGGGGGCACCAGAAGGAUGCUUGGGCUGAAUCUUUUGUCAGUCUCUACCAGGCCCUGAAGCAUGACUUGAUGUUCUCAGACAGCAAAAACCCAUCAUAGUGAAGAACUUUAUACACCUGGAAAGCAACCAGCUCUGCUGAUAAGGGACACCUAGCACGUCCACCACUGUAUUCGUAAACAAUUUAAUAGCCUGCUUCAUUAAAAAUUCUUUAUUCUCUAGCUCCCCCUAGUGGGAUCCACUUUUAAAAAUGCUAAAUAAGAGAAAAAAUGCCUUGUUUUCAGUCCCUGGAAUCUAUUAUCAUGCUGGCAUGGAGGAUAGUAUGGAGUGCAUAUAUGUUUAUAUAUAUGCACUAAACAACUGUACCUUCCCCUUAUCCUUGGGAUGCUGAUAUAAUAUAAUAUGUGCUACCUUCCUAGCUGGAAAAAAGAUAGUUUAGCUGCUGUGUAAUGAGAUGUUGACAGACAGAGAGAAAUCCUUUAUACAGUAAAAAGGAUUCAUGACAAUUGGUUUGGAGAUUGUUGCA